CUUCUAGCCAAAGUACGAGCUUAUCGUCACCUCCAGCAAUCAGCAGCCACCCGAAGCCUUCUUUCCCCCAAAUCUUCGGCAAGAGCUAGUGCCUUCCGGCAAGCAAUUGCCUCCAUCGUUAUCGGUGAAGCCAGCGUCGAUUACGCGGGACGCUCCCAAGAAGCUGACGUCCGCCGCUACCGCCCCUCGAGCCUGCUUCUUCGCAGGAGCAGCAUCGGCAUUGACCUUCACACAGCCAUAGGGGGCGGGAUCCACUUCGUCCGACUCGCACGAGCAGCAGAUCGGCAUCAGCUGCAGAGGUGUGCUCGUCUUAUACAUGACAGCAUCUCGUUGACGCCAGGAAGCCACACUCCGGCAGCUGCAGCGAAUUUACACUGCAGGUCGAGGCUAGCUGAGAUCCAUGGCGUCGAGCAGGGCGAUCUUGGCCAUGGGCCUCCUUGCCGCCGUGCUGUCCCCCGCCUUGUCAACGCGGUCGUUUAUCUCCAUGCCAGCCGACGUGAGUAGUCCUGUGACCCUGGCCAACGGCCUCUCCUACGGCUACCACGCCAACUCCUGCCCACAGCUGCAAGACAUCGUGUGGCCGAUCGUGGAGAGCGCGGUCCUGGGUGAGGUGGCCAUCGCCGCCGGCCUCCUCCGUAUCUUCUUCCACGAUUGCUUUCCUCAGGGCUGCGACGCGUCCGUCCUUCUGACGGGACCCAACAGCGAGCGGGACCUGCCGCCGAACCAGACGCUGCAGCCGCGUGCGAUGCAGCUCAUCGAGGACGUCCGCGUCAAGGUACACGCCGCCUGCGGCGCCACCGUCUCCUGCGCCGACAUCAUCGCCCUCGCCACCCGCGACGCCGUCUUCGUGGCCGGGGAAAGCGAAAUGUUCUACUUCUACGACCUGCCGCUCGGCCGGUUUGACAGCCUCGAGCCGGCUAAUAGCAGCGCCGUCUUCGACCUCCCGCAGUCCACCGCCGACGCCAACACGCUCAUCAACGCCUUCAAGAGCCGCAACCUCGAGCCGAUCGACCUCGUCGCGCUCUCUGGCGCGCACACCGUCGGGAAGGCGCAGUGCAGCUCCUUCAACAACCGCUUCUCCGAGGACGCCGACUUCGCCCGGAGGCUCGCCGCCAACUGCUCCAGCGACCCGAACCGGCUGCAGGACCUCGACGUGGAAACCCCCAUCGUGUUGGACAACCAGUACUUCAAAAACCUGAUGGAGGGAAAGGGGGUGUUCACCUCCGACCAAGUGCUCAUCAGCGACGGGCGCACCGACUGGGCGGUCAAAGGCCUCGCCGAGAACAAAUAUUGGUUCUACAGCCAGUUCCGUGACUCCUUGGUGAAGCUGAGUCAGUACCAACCCGGAGGAAACGUGGGCGAGAUCCGCCGCAACAGCUGCUUCGCGCCCAACGGACGGAGCAUUCCCGCCACCGCCGGUGACGAGGGGGUCGCAGCCUCUGCUUGAGUUCACCGCUCACUACGGGAUCCUCGUUUAGUUUGCUUGUAGUAAGAGUAUAAGCUAGUGUGUACUCUGCUUCGUUCAAUCCUCUUUCAUGAUGGCUCAGAACACGUUUGAAACAGUUGCACGGGGUUUGUUCACUCAGGUUUUGUUUUUGGCUGGCGGGCCAUCGAGAGAUUACGUGGAUGAGGUAUGUAAUCUUAUUUCCGACCGAGAUAUCCUAUUUUGAUAUAAACGUUGGGUUUGUCCA